UGGAUGCCCAGGGCUGGACUCCUGCUGCUGCCCUUUCUCCUCUGCUUCGGGCCAGAGACCGCCGGGAGCAUCGACCCGGCCGCACUCAAAGUGAUUGUGGAUUAUGUGAACCAGCCCAUCACACUACGUGAAUUUCAAUAUGCCUUCGUUGUGAGCCUGCGCCGUGAGAAGUGUGACCAACCCACCAACCUGCAGGAGCAGCUGCCCAAGGAAGCGCUGAAUGACAUGAAUAAGGCGCUCACUAAGCAAGGUAGCCAGUACAUCCCGAAUAACUGGCCUAUCGUAGCUGCCCGGCCUAAAUCUCAGAGGACUCACUGGGAGCACAGCGAGCGGCGUCUGCUCAACGGGGGCCAGAACAGCUUGGUGGCGCAGCUCAAGGCCAGGACCUGCACACCGAACUGCUGCCUGAUCUUAUUCACCUUCAACUCGCCCUGCACGAGCAUGUGCCUGGUGGAAAACGGGCCCUACAACAUCCUCAGCAUGACCAGCAACACCUUCUCAGACGUCAACAACAACUACAAAGCCUUCGUGUUCCAGCGCAUCUAUGCUAACGAUACACGGCCCGUGGUGACCCGCCACGAGCUGCUGCAGGCCUGGCACCGGCUGCCCAACGUGUCCCUGCUGCGCUGUGACCACAACGGCUGCCAGGACUGCGCUGCGACGGACCCCGAAAACAACCCCUGCCUGGCUGGGAAGAUACGGAACGGGGCUGGGAACCGCGUGCGGCUCUUUCUGCCACUGGCCUCCCUCGCUGCCCAUGUGCUUCUGGCUCGCUGAGUGUAAAAGAAACACGUCCCAACCAGGCACCAAGCUCCAAUCCAGAACCCCGCUCUGAUGUCUGCUCCAAUUUAGAGCCCUAAUCCACGGGUGCACUCCAAUCUAGAACCCCAUUCCUGGGCACGCAUCGAUCUAGAACUCCAUCCACAUGUAUGUGCCAACCUAGAACUCCUUCCAGAAUGUGUUCCCAUCUAGAACCCCAUCCCUAGAUGUGCACCAAGUGUGCACCAAUCCAGAAUUGCUAUCCCCACAGUGCACCUCAAGCUCCAUUCUAAACCUUCACCCCCCGCAGUGCGUGUCAAGCUCCAGUGGAGAACAUGGCCCCCAUCCCUGGGGGUCUCUCAGCUGCAGUCUAGAACCCACAGAGUCACCCAUUUAGCUCAGAACUCGGAUCUAGAACCCAGCCUCCAUCCCUGCAUGAGGCCAGUGGGAGGGGGCAGUGGAUGGGAGCAGGGCACAUUUUGGCCAGUAACUGUAUGAUGGGGCUGCAUGAGAGGGGGGAGCCCCUUAUUGAGAUGGUGGUGGGGGGAUUCCUGGGCAUGGACCAUAGACAAGGUGGGUCAAUGCGGAUCUCGGAGCACAGGGCUCCGUCAGUGGAGGCUGCUUUGGGGUUGUUCCAUUCUGCAGGUGACACUUUUUGUUGAUUCUCUGACGUGCGAUUGCCGACAAUAAAGCUUCUGAGUAUC